UGACAGUCAAAUUUCACCACGUUGCCCGUUUUGCUGUUCAUUCGAAAGUUCUGGGUUGCUCCUGGAUGUUCUACGCCCGUUGCGGACGAGCAAUCAGUGUAGUUUUGAACGAAUCCUUCCUGAGUCGCCGUUUGCCUGUAAGAAUGAGUGCCCUCGAGCGGGUCAUGUCCAGCAACACAGCCGCCGAAGAGCUGCUGGAAUCGCUGAAGCAGGAGUUCAACGCCCUGAAAAACGAAAAGGCCAGCCGUCUUGUCGAGAAACUGAAGGUUGAGAACGAUGUCCUGCGGCAGCAAGUGGAAGCUGCCCUUCAGAAGCUGAUUGAGCUGGAGACGCAGAAUGGGAAAAAACAGAUCCCGAUGCCUGGAGACAAGGCACAGAAGGAAAAGCCCGCUGGGGAAGGAAAGGGUGUAGCGCCAGCAGCAGUUCAAGAGCAAGGGGAAGCUGCCCUUCAGAAGCCGAAUGAACUGGAGAUGCAAAAUGGUAAAAAACAGAUCCAGAUGCCUGGAGACAAGCCACAGAAGGAGAAGAAACCCAAGAAGGAAAAGCCCGCUGGGGAAGGAAAGGGUGUAGCGCCAGCAGCAGUCCAAGAGGCUCCAAUCGACGUCGGUCGUUUAGAUAUGCGAGUGGGAAAGAUAGUGGAGGUCUCACGCCACCCGGAUGCGGACGCGUUGUAUUUGGAGAAGAUCGAUGUGGGUGAGGCGAAUCCACGAACGAUCAUUUCCGGUCUGGUGAAGUUUGUCCCGAUCGAAGAAAUGCAGAACCGAAUGGUGGUGGUUCUGUGCAAUCUGAAACCGGCUAAGAUGCGAGGAAUCCUGUCGGAAGGAAUGGUAAUGUGUGCUUCCACGCCGGACAAAGUCGAAGUGCUGGCACCGCCGAUUGGAUCUGUUCCGGGAGACUUGGUUCAUGUCGAGGGUUAUCCUCGGGAAGCGGAUGCUCUUAUGAACCCGAAGAAGAAGAUCUUUGAAACCGUAGCACCCGAUUUGCACACCAACGAACAGUUGAUUGCAUGCUACAAGGAAGGGGAGUUCUUUGUUCCGGGCAAGGGACGAGUCUUGUCGCAGACGUUGAAGAAUGUUCAGGUGAAAUAAGGGGGUGAUUAAUUGAUUUGCGUUUCGGUUCAUUUUCGUAGUUGCAAAUAUAAGCAUAAGGCGUUUUGAAAUAUA